AUGCCUCCUCCCGCACCCUCCAAACCCGGCCCUAUAACCCCCCGCAUAAUAAUCCACGGCGGCGCCGGCAACAUCACCAAAACCUCCCUCCCCCGUGAUCUCUACGACACCUACCGCGCCUCCCUGCUCUCCAUCCUCACCACCUCCAACACCCUCCUUUCCCAGCCCGGCGCCACCGCCCUCGACAUCGCCUCCCACGCCGUCACGCAGCUCGAAAACUCUCCACUCUACAACUCCGCCCACGGCGCCGUCUUCACGCGCGCGGGCACCACCGAGCUCGAAUGCAGCAUCAUGGUGAGCAGCGGGUGGCGAAAGCGCGGCGUCGGAUGCAUGUUGCUAUCGCGGGUGAAGAACCCGAUUCUCCUCGCGCGCGAACUGCUGAUGCGCGGCGAGGAAAUCGGGGGCCAGGGGAGCGGCGAACACGCACACUACAGCGGGGCGUUUGCGGAGUCGCUGGCGGAAAAAUGGGGGCUGGACAUUGUGGACCCGGGGUAUUUCUGGACGCGUAGGAGGUGGGAGGAGCAUCUGCGGGGGCUGGUGGAAGGGGAAGGAGAAAAGUGUGAGGUCAGUGAGUGGGAAAAGAAUAAUUAUAUUCCCAUGGGUACGUGUGGUGCGGUUGUUGUUGAUUCCCACGGCACGAUUUGUGUGGCGACGAGUACGGGGGGGUUGACGAAUAAAGCCCCUGGGAGAAUUGGGGACACGCCGUGUAUGGGCACGGGGUAUUGGGCGGAGCAGUGGUAUGAGGAUGCGAGGGCCAUGGUGUAUCAGCAGCAGGCUGUUGCGGCGCCGAUUGAGCGGAUUAGUAGGGGAGAUUUCGGCGGGAUGUUGGGGGAGUGCUUGGGUGGGUCGACGCCAGUGCUACAGCAAGUGGAGAAGCAAAGGGAUGUGCGACAUGCGGUUGGCUUGUCGGGGACGGGCAAUGGGGAUAGUUUUAUUCGCAUGGCGGCGACAAGGACGGCGGCGGCAUAUUCGCGCUUCUCGAAUAAGUCGCUGGCGAAGGCGACGACGUGGAUGGUGGGACGGGGUGGUGAGCUGCAAAAGUCUGCGGGUGAGCGUUGGGGCAAGACAGGAGAAGGGCAAGGCGGAAUGAUUGGCAUCGAAGUGGUAGGCGAGAAAGUAGAGGUGGUGUUCGAUUACAACUGUGGUGGCUUAUUCAGAGCUUGGACAGAAGAAGACGGAAGUAAGAAGUGUUUGAUUUUCAGGGAGGACAGCUGGGAAAGUGGACCAGAGGGGUGGAAUAGCGUUUGCAACUAG